UGAUGAGGAUAGAGAGAGGUGGGGCAUCCAGAGCGGCCCCUGGUGCAUAAUCAAAUACCUGGCGAUGAAGGACAGUGGGCAGUACUGGUGUCAGACUGAAGGGGGCGACGUCUCUGAACCUGUCCAAAUCAGUGUCUCAGACAGUGGGGCGAUUCUGCAGAUGCCUGUGCGCCCUGUGUCGACAGGACAAUCUGUCAAACUCAUCUGUCAACAUCUCAUUACAUUAGCCUCCUCAGCUCGUUUCUAUAAAAAUGGAGACUUCCUGUCUGAGCAGCCUUCAGGACAGAUGAUCCUCCAGCAGGUGGCGCUGUCUGACAAAGGCAUGUACCACUGUGAGACUAAAGGAGAGCGGUCGCUGCAGAGUGAACUCAGGGUCGAAGCAGGGUCUCUGCUGCUCAGUCCAGACCAGUCCCAGUUCUUUCUGGGUCGUUCGCUGAAUCUCCGAUGUGACAAUCCGACGUGGAAAGUGUGGAGGAGAAACCGAAACACCAGGAGGCGCUGUGAUACUGCUGCUGAUGAUAAGGAUAGAGAGAGGUGGGGCAUCCAGAGCGGCCCCUGGUGCAUAAUCAAAUACCUGGCGAUGAAGGACAGUGGGCAGUACUGGUGUCAGACUGAAGGGGGCGACGUCUCUGAACCUGUCCAAAUCAGUGUCUCAGACAGUGGGGCGAUUCUGCAGAUGCCUGUGCGCCCUGUGUCGACAGGACAAACUGUCAAACUCAUCUGUCAACAUCUCAUUACAUUAGCCUCCUCAGCUCGUUUCUAUAAAAAUGGAGACUUCCUGUCUGAGCAGCCUUCAGGACAGAUGAUCCUCCAGCAGGUGGCGCUGUCUGACAAAGGCAUGUACCAGUGUGAGACUCAAGGAGAGCGGUCGCUGCAGAGUGAACUCAGGGUCGAAGCAGCGAUUGUCACCUCCACCCUGGCAACUACCACCAACCCAACUCCGACCCCUGCCCCGACCCCUGCUCUGACCCCUGCUCCGACCUCCGCUCCAACCUCUGCUGAGCCUCCGUCCUCCUCCUCGUUCCUCCCGGUGGUGGGCACAAUCGUGGGCAUGGUUUCUCUCAUUGUCGUGGUGCUGCUGGUUCUUCGGAUCUUUUAAAAAGAUGGAGAUACAAGAAAACUAAAGCCAAGAGAUGCAGAAGACGUCAGGAGACGUCAGGCUCCACCUCCUCUGACCACAGGGACCUGCAGCUGCUCGAGGACCACAAACACCCCCGACACAAGUGACACCAAAUAAACUCCACGUCAUUGAUCCAUAC